AUGACUCACAAGCAAUCUUAUGUGCUUGGCGAUGCAGAUUUUGACCCAAUCUCCAGCUCUAGAUCUGAGAAGCAGUUGAAGAGGAAGCAAAAUUCAGAAUCAGGGAAGAAAAGCAGUAGGCACCGCAAGAAACAGAAGAGUAGGCCGGAUUCAGAGUCUGGCAAGACAAGGAAUAGGCAACACAAGAAGAGAUAUAAGAAAAAGAAAGAACACCAGUUGGAUUUACAGGAAACCAACAAGCAGACAGUUGAAGUCGCUCAAGAAAAAGUCUUUCAAGAACAAGAUCAAGUUCUUCAACAGUUUGAUGAGGGGGCUGAUGAACAAGAAAGCAUCAUCCACAACGGAUUGUGUGAACCACAAUAUCUAGAGAUUGAAAAUGGAACAUUUGAGCAAGGAAAUAGUCUGAUCAAUAUAUUUGUUCAAGAGAUGGAAGAGGGUGGAGUUCCUGCAAAUCCUGCAGAACAAAAUCAAUCAGAAAUUGGAAAAGAUAAUGUGGGUGAAAAAGUAUAUAUGAGUACACAUGUUGAUGACACUGGCAAUGAAAAUCAAUCUGUAGAAUUAGCCAAUGAUGAGGAUCAAAUAGAAAUGCAUGGAACAACGAAUAGGAAAUUAAAGAGGAAGAAGAGGUUGAAGUCACCAAGGAGAAACAGUAAGCGUGGCAAGAAACAUGAGAUAAAUGAGGACACUCAACUUCAAACGUUGAGUGAAGCAACUUUGAAACAACAUAAUAACAUUAUUGAGGGCGACUCAGAUGAGCAGAAUCAAAUUAUUGAAGUUAAUGUGACCGACAUCCAAAUUGAAUAUGAAAAUGCGGUUGGAAAAAGUGUAGAUGCUGGAGCACAAAAUCAACUAGAGAGAAUGAAAAGCGAUGUGGCAGAAGAUGUAGAGAAGGAUGAUGAAACUACUCAAGAAUCACACCCUGAUAAUUCUGGUUACAUUAGCUUUGGACAAAUUCAGAUGAAGCAGAAUCCCCAGCUUCUGCAACUGGAAAAAUCUCCUGAUUCCAAUCCCAUAUUACUCAAGAGUAAGCACCCGGGCAAACAAGGUUUGGCAAGAUCACAAAUAAAGACAAUAUCAAAGAAAGAUGCAUCAGUAAUCUCAGAGCUGAUGGAGUCUCCUGGUUAUUAUGUGCCAAAUGACGAGCAUUUGUCUGAAAAAAGCCAGCAGGUUAUAGAGACAAAACAGGUAUCAAGUGCAGUGUCUACUCAAAUGAACGGACAGCGAGCAAAACUCCGAAGUUCCCAGAAGAACACAGGUCACCUGGAAACAGUGCUGGCUCUUGCUGCACCUUUGCUGCAGAUGGAAUCACAACAGAGAUCAAGAAGUCCAAGUUUGGAGAAGCCAUUGAAAGAACUUCUAAAGUUGAGGCCCCAAUUUCCUGAUCUUGAUGAACCAGCAACCGAAGUGCAGGAGCCAGGUAGUUCUCAGCAAGAUCAGCAACCAGAUGAGCUGGAAGACAAACCAAAGUACAAAGGUCGUGGUAGGCGUCCUAAGUACAACGGUGGUGGUAGGCAUUCUCCAGCUAUUUCUAAGAAAGGUCAGCAGUCAGCUGAGAAGUGCAAAGACCGAAGUAGGCAUCCUGAGCCUAAGCGGGAUGAGGAUACAUCCACAGAUUUUAUCCAGAUAGUUAAGCAUUCACAUGUGAAGAAGGGUCAACAGAAGUAUCAAGGCCAGCAGCCAAAUGAGGAGGAUGAAGCAAAGUACAAUGGCCAUGGCAGGCAUAAGAUGAUGAGGAGAAGCAGCAGGAAGGAGAAAGACCCAAAUAGCUAG